UUUGAGCUACCCGUUUGACUUCACAUUUUGAACCGUAUUCGAUUCUCUUUUAAACUUUACAAAUUGGAAACAAAUAAAAACCAAAAUUCAAUAAUGAACUUGUGGCUACUUUCGAUACAAAUUCUCCUCCUGUUGGUGCCGGGCAUUAAACAGGAGAGUUCUUUAAAGUCAAGAAAUAAUGUGCCGGCGCGUUGCGAUUUCAUGUUGCGAAAUCCCCAAAUCUAUCGGAAGAUGUGUCAGGGCAAUUAUCCAUUGGUGGCCUUUACCAAAUAUCGGGACACAUUGGUGAAGGUCGGUGAACCGUAUACGAUGUAUGUAUCUGCUACAUUGGAUACUGUUCUGGUUGUGCAGAAGAAAUCACAGCUCCACGAAUGCUUCAAUUUGGAGUUUAAGGAUAGCAUUACAUUCUAUUGCCUGGAUUCGUAUGAAAACAAUACGCUGUCCCUCAAACAGGCCAAUAUGUUUUGCUUCCCAUUUCACAUUCAAUUGCCGGAUGACCUGAUGAACGAGUGCCUCAUCGAGAAUAAAAUAAACGAUCAAUACCACAAACUGGAUCAGAUUGUUGGCACCAAACAUGCCAUCGUUCACUACACCUACAACGACGGCGGAGUGCAAUCUUCUCUACGGAUCCCCAAGUACCUUCAUUCUCCAAAUCCACUUCUCUGUUUGCUCCUCAUCCUUCUGGCGGAGUGCAGUCGUAAAUUUUAAUGUCCUCUACCCAUAAAGAUUAAUCAGAUUGGAUGAGCACCGGUGGGAUAUAUAUUCGUCAAGGAAUUAUGGAAGAUCAACUACAACAAAAAAUAACAUGUUUUAAUAUUCACUAAACUGGUGGCCAUCGGAUAACCUGGCCUUACAUAUUUACUUUAUGACGAACCAAAAUUAA